AGCAAAUAUAUCAGUCGACAAGCUGCCGGAGAAACCGGUCAUACCCAGCGAUAUCCUUCUCACGUACGCCUCUUCCUAUGGGUACAUAGAGCACGGUACACGUACUCUUCCCGUUGUGCGAAGACUGUCGACACACGCAGCAUGUUGCGAACGGUCAUUUUUCCCGUGUUCGUCGCUAUGGCGUUGUCACCCGCGGAGGCCUCCUCUCGUCUGGCUGAUGCCAACAACGUCUUCGGGGUCAACCUUCUCAAGACGUUUGCUCCGAACGAGAAUCAUGUGUUCGUAUCGCCGUUCAGCAUCACCACCGCAAUGGCCAUGGUCUAUCACGGAACUAGAGGGACGUCCGAAAAAGAACUCUUCGAUGUGAUGGGCUUCAAGACAGCGGGCUUUGGCGGAAGAGAUGAUGUGUUCUUAGAAGUGCAGAAGCUCUUGCGGGGACUCAGCCUUCAGAACAGGAACGCCACCUUAGAAGUCGCCAAUGCCGUCCUGAUAAGCAAACAUUUUUCUGCCUUGGCGACCUAUAAGAAAGACCUGCAAGAUGCCUAUCACGCAAGCUUCAAAGAGGUAGACUUCUUAAAAGAAACCAAGCGCGUAGUUUCUGAAAUCAACGAGUGGGUGUCGACAAAGACAAAAGGCAAGAUAAACAAAGUCCUCGACGACAUCUCUCCGGAGACAAUUCUUUUCAUCAUGAACGCCGUCUACUUCAAAGGGAACUGGAAAUCAAAAUUCCUCGAAAGCAAAACAACGAAGCUGCCUUUCUACAACUUUGGCAAAACGGUGACGGAUGUAGACACCAUGUCAAAAACUGGUGACUUCCGGUUCGCAAGAAGCAACGACCUGAACGCGGACAUUCUGGAGCUACCUUACGCAGGAGAUGACUUUAGCAUGCUAAUCAUCCUCCCACGUGAGCGAGAUGGACUGGGCAACCUCUCUUCAGCCAUGACUGCUUCCAAGGUUCGCGAGGCCACAAGUCGACUCUUUCGUACAUCCGUUAACCUGAAGCUACCGAAGUUCAAGCUGCAGUCAGAAUAUAGUCUCGUCCAGCAACUGAAGGAUCUCGGAGCAGUCUCGAUUUUUGGAACGAACGCGAAUCUUUCCGGUAUUGAUGAAUCUGGUAGAUUGGUUGUGAGCGAUGUGAUCCACAGGGCUGUCGUUGAAGUCAAUGAAGAAGGAAGUGAAGCUGCUGCCUUCACCGGAGUUCGGAUCGCACUGAAGUCGUCUCGGGUUUCGCCCAGGAAACCGGUCGAUUUUAUUGUGGAUCAUCCCUUUGUGUUUUUCAUUCGAAGCAAGGAGGACAACUUGAUCUUCUUUGCCGGCGUGGUUAACCGGCUGUAAGAUCAUGUGGAAGGAACGACAACUACAACAAAAACAAUACACGACAUAGGUGAUGUACCGCUUGCGCGGGGGAGAGUGUAUUUUUGUUGUUGUUGUUGUUGUUGUUGGGCAGUGCUUUCAAUGUUUUCUUUUUGGGCUCUGUGUAUUCCUGUGUGCUCUAAUUCUGACUCCAGCGUGGUUUGAAAGUAUUGAAGACUUCAGCUGUUCUUUUUUUUUCUUUUCUGAACGAAUCGCCUUAUACGAUAAACAGAUAAUAACAGCGAAUAAAAUAAUAUCGUUUA